AUGCCAAAAUCAAACUCGAAUAACUGUAGAUCGGCGACAGCUGUAUCAACGAUCGAAGAAAUUAAAGUUGUGGUUGUUGGUGAUGGCUACACAGGCAAAACGACAUUAUGUAUUGUUUAUAAAGAUGGAGAAUAUCCACAAGAUCCUUAUGUACCAACCAUAUUUGAGAAUUAUGCAGCGGCAGUAACAGUGAACAAUCGUAAAUAUAUUCUCAAUCUAUUUGACAGUGCUGGUCAAGAAGAAUAUGAUCAACUGCGAAUAAUGGCAUAUCCAAAUACUGACGUUUUCAUACUUUGUUUUUCAGUUGUUGAUCCAGAUAGUUAUUCUAAUAUAUUGAGUAAAUGGAUUCCAGAAUUAAAUCGUUAUGCACCGCGUGUACCAAUUAUUCUUGUUGGAACGAAACUUGAUUUACGAAAUGAUCCGUCAACACUUGAACAGUUAGCAGAAAAAAGACAACGACCAAUCAGUCAAUCUCAAGGAGAAUAUUUGGCACAUGUUUGUUCAGCUAAAGUUUAUUUAGAAUGUUCGUCAAUGCUUAAUUUUAAUGUAAGAAAUGUAUUUGAACAAGCAAUAGAAAUACAUAAUUCUUACGAAGCAAGAUAUUAUCAUGGCUUAAGUAAUGGACGACGUAUUCUAUCUGAUAAACUUCAUUCAUGUUCAUGGUUUGGUACGUUGUUUUGUUGUACAACAGUUUCAAAAAGAUCACAUCACAAAAAUAAUCAUGAUUGUUAUACAGUGUAA